AUGCGUCGGGCCACUGUUCAGGUCUGCCGUACUGCUCGGCGUGCCCCAGUAUGGAACAUCGCCGCUAAACGGCCGUGCUCUUUGACCUUCAACCAGCUACGAGGCAUUCGACCAUAUUCCGGCGGCAGACGCUCAUCACACAGUUCAGUAGCUCCUCAAACAUCUAUGCAUCGCCGAAACCUUUCCCUCGCCGUUAUCUCGACCGUCGUUGCCUCCGGGGCAUGGUAUGCUUAUCAGGGUGACACUGUUAGAUCGGCAGCAACCCAGAUCCGGGGCUUCGCCUCAGGUGCCCUCAAUUCCGCCUACGCAGAAAAUCCCACCGAGUCCACGCGCCGUGCGUUGUUAGUAAGUGGGGAUCAAUUCUACACCGCGACACUUUCCGGAGACCAGCCUCUUGCCAAGAAUACAGACGAUUCAGACCGCCGAGUCCUGGAGAUGUUGACACCGGACCAAGCAACGCAGAAGCUGCGCAAGAAUGAGGAGUCAUAUUUGGUCAAUCGGGGCAAGGGUGUUGUUCGUUAUGAUGUGGUCCAAGUUCCCAGCAACUCGCCCAUUGAGGAUGACCAUGCGGAGAAGAUAGUGGAGAUCCCAGCAUCCGUGGCUGCUGUCAACAAUGGCGAGUCGAGCAGUGACUGGAUGUUCUGGGGAGUUUUCGACGGUCACUCGGGUUGGACAACGUCCGCUAAAUUGCGGAACGUUCUGAUCUCAUACGUGGCCCGUGAAUUGAACACUACUUACAAAGCGGCUUCUGCCGAUCCAUCACUUCUUGUGCCGACCUCUGAGGCUAUUGAUGCUGCUAUCAAGAAGGGCUUUGUCCGCCUCGACAAUGACAUCGUACAUGAAAGCGUUAAGGAGGUGAUGAAGUCGAAAUCACGACGAGUUGCUGCCGAGCUCCUUGCUCCCGCUCUCUCUGGAUCAUGUGCUCUUCUCAGCUUCUAUGAUUCACAGUCCAAAGACCUCAAGGUUGCUGUUACCGGAGACUCUCGCGCAGUCUUGGGCCGUCGCGGCCCUACCGGCAAAUGGACUGCUACUGCCCUUUCCGAAGAUCAGACUGGCGGUACUCCUUCCGAAAUGAAGCGCUUGCGCGAGGAACACCCCGGCGAGCAAUAUGUCACCAAGAAUGGGCGAAUCCUCGGCCAGCUUGAACCUAGUCGUGCGUUCGGUGAUGCUUUCUAUAAGUGGAGCCGGGACGUUCAAGAUACAAUCAAAGCGAAGUUCUUUGGACGCACUCCUCAUCCUAUGCUGAAGACACCCCCCUACGUCACCGCCGAGCCUAUCAUUACUACUACCAAGAUCGAUCCCUCCAAGGGCGAUUUCCUCGUUAUGGCUACCGAUGGUCUAUGGGAAAUGCUGAGCAAUGAAGAAGUUGUUGGUCUAGUAGGUCAGUGGGUUGAGCAACAACAAUCUGCUUCUGCCAGCACUGGUAGUAAGGCUUGGCUGCAAAGCUGGUUCAAGUUUGAUAGCCAGAAGACACUGCCCGUAGAAGCCGCAGCCGAUGGUUCGACCGAGGGCCAACGCCGUCCGAUCCGCCAGCAGCAAUAUGAUAUUUCUGGCGUGGCUAGUCGAUUUGUUGUUGAGGACAAGAAUGCGGCAACUCAUCUUGUGCGAAAUGCAAUGGGUGGAAAGGAUAAGGAUAUGAUGUGUGCUUUGUUGACGCUACCCAGUCCUUAUUCUCGCCGAUACCGUGACGAUGUUACUGUUGAGGUUAUCUUCUUCGGACAGGGCCCCGAUUCGCGUACUGUGGAAGUGAACCAGGAAGCAAGUGCCUCAGAACAGUCUCCCAAGUCGAAGCUUUAG